AUGGCAUUAGAAUAUGGAUAUGUGCACGAUCUCACAUGGAAAAAAACAAUGGAUGGAGUCAUAAAGCAGAUAGGCGAUCGAGGAUCAGACGAGCAAGAAAAAACAAGUAAAAAUGGCCGACCAAGAAUUGAUGAAGCUUUCUGGUUAAACCAAUCAGUUCCGCUUAUGCAAAUAGAACAGAUGUCUGCUGACCAAGAGAAGCCAGUGGAACUUGAGCAAGUCCCGCUCAAAUCCGACACUGACGCUCCAGCCGGUGCGGCAGAAGAGACGACUGCCGCUGAACCUGCUCCACCUCCAACAAAGAAAUCAUGGUUCUUCAAAAAGACCAAGAAAGUUGUUCUUGAAGAACCUAAGGGUGAAGAGGAAAAGCCAAUUGAAGAAAAGCCAAAGAAGAAGUGUUGGUGGGGUAAGCAUAAGACCGAAGAGGAACAGAAAGAUGAUCAUAUUUCCAUCGGAAUCGAUUUGGUGAACAGAGACGAAAAGGCUAUCAACGAACACGUUAGAUUCGGCUUUGAUGAUAUUUUCGGUGAGGCCGACACUCAGCACUCAUGGGAUUGUGUCUGGCGACUGGUCUACAAGGUUUUCACAUGGACUCGCUUAUUCGUCUACCGUUUAUGCUCUUUGAUCAUUGGACUACCAGCAGCCAUAAUUUUCGGAAUUCUCUUCGCCAUCGCCUCUGUCAUCAACGUGUUCGCUUGUGUGCCUAUCGCUAAACUGCUCACUAUUCCUGCCAACUGGCUAGCCAAGACAUGGUCCUGGUUAGUACACGCUAUUGUCGAUCCAGUUGCUAGUGCUCUCGCUCUGCUGUUCUCUUCAUUCACUAUCAGAAAGUACGGUAUCAACUCUCAGCCAACUGAUCCAUGUGUCGCUUAA